UGCGGGCCGCCAUUUUGUGCAGAAUCUACUCUGUUGAAGCGGGAGAGGAUAAAAAGCCACCAGAGGAGGCGAACGCUUCUUAUCACCGAUUGUUGGUGGAUCCCUUUUGGGAGCCCCUAAAAAAACUUUAAAUUGUGAGAAAGACGGCUCGGGAGAAGAAAAACAGGUCAAAGUAAUGGAGCUUGACCAGUCUGAAGCAGUUGUGGAAGAGGGAGAAACCUUCUGUAAAGGAAAAGAGCGCAAAACAUACCAAAGGAGAAGAGAAGGAUGUCCUGAAGAAGAUGGAUCCAUCAUUGUACAGGGUGUGCCUGAUGGGACAGAUGAUCAAGCAGAGAUAGUCCAAGAGGUGAAUGUGAACAGCAAUGUGGAGAUGGUAAUGAUGGAGCAACUGGACCCCACACUGCUUCAGAUGAAAACUGAAGUAAUGGAGACAUCCGUUCACCAAGAGAUUGUUGAACCUACAGUGGAUGACACCCAAAUCAUUACCCUGCAGGUAGUCAACAUGGAAGAACCUUCAAUCAAUUUGGGUGAACUGCAGCUGGUACAAGUUCCAGUUCCAGUGUCUGUGCCAGUUGGGGCUGCAAGUGUAGAGGAGCUUCAGGGCUCCUAUGAAAGUAUACCUAAGGAAGGUGAGCCUGUAAUUUGUCACACCUUGCCUUUACCUGAGGGGUUCCAAGUGGUGAAGGUUGGAGCCAAUGGGGAGGUGGAAACGGUAGAACAAGAAGAGUUGCAUCACCAACAGCAGCUACAAGAACAGCAACAUCCAAAUGAUGACACAGCAUGGGUGAAAGACCCAGAUUACCAGCCACCAGUAAAGAAGGCCAAAAAAAUUAAAAAGAGCAAAUUGCGAUACAAUACAGAAGAGGGAAAAGACAUGGAUGUGUCUGUGUAUGAUUUUGAAGAGGAACAACAGGAAGGGUUGCUUUCUGAAGUUAAUGCUGAAAAAGUGGUAGGAAACAUGAAACCACCCAAACCAACAAAAAUCAAAAAGAAAGGUGUGAAAAAGACGUUCCAAUGUGAAUUAUGUAGUUACACAUGCCCUCGGCGUUCAAAUCUGGAUCGUCACAUGAAGAGUCACACUGAUGAGAGGCCACACAAGUGUCACCUUUGUGGAAGGGCAUUUAGAACAGUAACAUUGUUAAGAAAUCACCUAAACACACAUACAGGAACUAGGCCGCACAAAUGCCCUGAUUGCGAUAUGGCCUUUGUUACUAGUGGUGAACUAGUUCGACAUCGUCGGUACAAGCACACCCAUGAGAAACCCUUCAAAUGCUCAAUGUGUGAUUAUGCCAGUGUAGAGGUCAGCAAACUGAAACGUCACAUCCGUUCACACACUGGUGAGCGGCCGUUCCAGUGCAGCUUGUGUAGUUAUGCCAGCAGAGACACUUAUAAACUGAAGCGACACAUGAGGACUCAUUCCGGAGAGAAGCCUUAUGAAUGUUAUAUCUGCCACGCACGUUUUACUCAGAGUGGUACCAUGAAGAUGCACAUUUUGCAGAAACAUACAGAAAAUGUGGCCAAAUUUCAUUGCCCGCACUGUGACACAGUAAUUGCACGUAAAAGUGACCUUGGUGUUCAUUUAAGGAAGCAGCACUCUUAUAUUGAGCAGGGAAAGAAGUGUCGAUACUGUGAAGCAGUGUUCCAUGAGCGUUAUGCCCUCAUUCAACACCAGAAGUCCCAUAAGAAUGAGAAGAGGUUCAAGUGUGACCAAUGUGACUAUGCAUGUAGACAGGAGCGUCACAUGGUAAUGCACAAGCGAACUCAUACAGGAGAAAAGCCUUAUGCCUGCAGUCAUUGUGAGAAGACUUUUAGACAGAAACAACUCCUUGACAUGCACUUCCGACGAUACCAUGAUCCAAACUUUGUGCCCACUUCCUUCGUCUGUACUAAAUGUGGCAAAACCUUUACUCGUAGGAAUACGAUGGCUAGACACUCUGAGAACUGCAGUGGUCCAGAAGGAAUGGAUGGUGAGAAUGGAGGUGCACACAAAAAAGGGAGAGGUGGACGAAAGAAGAAAAUGCGCUGUAAGAAGGAUGAUGAGACUGAUAGUGAGGGGCAUGCUGGUCCAGAUUUGGAUGAUAUUGAGGAAGAGGAUGAGGAGGAUGAUGAUGACAUGGCUGUGGUAGCUGUGACAGAAGCAGAGAUGGUGGAAAUGGAGGAGGCACCGCCCACUCCCCAAGUUGUCCCCGUAAAGAGGAAACGAGGCAGGCCACCAGGCAAAAGUAACACACCUAAAGCAGCACCUCCUGCAGCCAUCAUACAGGUAGAAGAUGAAACCACUGGUACUAUUGAAAACAUAAUUGUAGAAGUGAAGAAGGAACCAGAGGCACUUCAAGAUGAGGCAAAUGGUCAGACUGUCCAACUCCCAGUGGUAGAAUCUGCCCCCAAUGGAGACCUGACACCCGAAAUGAUUCUCAGUAUGAUGGACCGGUGAUGGGAACAAGAGCUCUUCUGUAUUUUGUUCCUCAUUUUUAAAAAUUUCUCCCCUUUUUUAGGUUUCCAUUUCUGGCCCAAGAUUUGUUCAGAUGCAGCUACAACAACUCUUUAUGCUUUAUUUGCUUCUAUUUUGACCACUCAAGUUAUUGGAGCGCUGUGAUAUGCUAAUAUGUGCAAGUGAAUUGCUUUUUAUCCAAGGGGGUUAUAUAAAUAUAUAUAUAUAUAUGUGUAAUAUGUUGAUAGAGGGUCAUUUAUCUGUAUUGGGCUGGGACAGAAGGGUGGAAAGCGAACUGUUGAAACAUACAAGAUGCUUUGUACAGUUCUGGAUUGUAUAUCACUGCUACAGGGAAAAUUGUAAUUUCUUAUUACCCCCUCCCUCAUCAAAAUUCAUUAUUUUUUCAACAUUUAAUUAAAAGCUUCUUUUUUUGUCUAAAGGCAUGCUGAGCAAAAGAUUAUGAAUUUUACAGACUGCAGAUGUGUACAACACAUAGUGGAUAUUGGCCUUGCAAUAUUAAACUCUUCAAGAUUAUGUCUUGUACAAAGCAUCUUAAUGUCUUGCCUGUAAAUAACAUUUUUGUUUUAAUUUUUUACAUUUUAAUCUUUUUCUAGUAAUUUCAGACAUUGUAAAUGCUUAAAGACAGAAUAACAUUUUAACAGUAGUUUUGGAUUCCGCUAAUGAAACCAGUCAGUCUGUAGUGUGUACAUGUGCAGAUUUACUAUUGAAUCAUGUAGAGUAACUUUGCCCCUUUUAUUGUUCAAUUUAAAUUUGGUAUAUUCUGGAGCACACUAAUCACCAGUGGUAGGUCUUGGAGGAGUGGGUACAUUUUAAGUGUAAAUUUUAAAGAGCAUAUUUAGGCCAUCCGUUUAAUAUUUUUGUAGAUUAACCCAAUGUUUCUGCAUCAUUUGUAUUUUUGACUGUAAAAGAUCUUAUGAAUCCAUGAGCCUUUCUGGGAAGGAAUGAAAUAAGGUAAAUUUGGAGGUAUGAAUCAAAAUGUAGUAAUUGUGUUGGGAUUAAAAAGAUACAAAUGUGAAACAACUGGGUAACAUGAUUCUUGUAUAGUGUCACUUAAGGGGUAUUUACGCUUUUACAAAACAUUUUGAUUUAGAUUUUCUUUUUUUAAUUUUUGGCUCUUACAAUUCUAGGUUGAUGCAUUUUUGUAUUUAGGUAUAAUGUGUGAUUCUCUCCCCGUCCCCACCAAUCCUUUUUUUUUUUUUUUCCUUUCCUUCAGUGAUUGAAAGGCCAAAACGAUUAUGGAGGGGAAAAAGCACCGUUUACUAGUGUGGGUUGGGGGAAUGAGGACUUAUUAAAGGCUGGGAAGAAGAAUGUAUUGCUGUACAGCUAAUAAUAAAAAAGAGAACUAAGUGAUUUUGUGUACUUGAAUUAUCACUCAGCACAUUAAUAUUCCAGAACAGUCAAAUUUCCUGCAUAUUGCAACUUUCCCUCUCCUGCCACCUAAAAGCCAUAUAAUUGUUUAAGCAGUUGAUAUUCAUUUAAAGUGUCGUCUGAUAUUGGAACAUGAGUAAAGUUUGAAUCACUGUUCUAAGCUAAUUUUGCAAUUCUGCUCACAAGUAUCUAGGAUAAUCAUAACCUUUUAAUUUUAUAGAGAUAUGAAUUAAGUUCACUUAAUGACUUAUGGGAAUGGAAGUAACCCAAAUAAUGGGAAAAAUAAACCCUGCUUUUCGUUUUCCUUUUAAUCAUUAUGGGAUUUUUGGCAGAACUGUUAGUUAUAUUUAUUUGUAUUUAUUUAUCUGAAUGUCUCAAUUGUAGGAAGUGGUUUCAUGUUUUCAAAAUACAAGCUUCUCUGCUCUUUGGAAUCUUGUGACAUUUCUGUGCCUGAUUUGUCCAUCAGCUAUGAUGGCGUUUAUAUGCAGUAUACAGUUUAAGCACCACCUAUUCUGGAUUGUUGAUCUUUUUAAUCUGGGUCUGUGCUCUAGCGAAAGGAUACAAGAUCAGUCUUUAAUGCUUGUUAUAGCUUUUGGUAUUUUGUUUUAAUCAUGUGUGUUUCAUAUCUGAAUAAUUAGUUUGAGUUUCAAACUCUUUGCUCAAUCAGUGCUUUACAGGUGAGUCUGCAGUCUUCCAUUGUAUUUGAAUGUCUUGCUUUGAACUAGAUUUUACUGCACCAUAAUGUUUGUCUGUUUUGUGCCAGUGAAUGCAGGAAGCUGGCAGAGUACAUGAGCAAGCAUUGCCUUCUCUUCAUUUACUGCAAUAAUUUGAGACUAUGCGAGAAGUUUAGUAUGUACGUGAAUAUUAAUUGUUUAGAAAGACAGUUUUGGAUUGACUUACUCUAAAAUACAUGUUUUGUGUACCUUUUUAACAAUGCUGUUCUGUAAUUUUUUAUUAUAGCAGAAUUGUUCUUUAUCCAAAGAGUAAAUAAACAUCACAUAUUGA